UGGGUGAGAGGACCCUCCUGGUGUUUCCUCUACUGAGUGCUCUGGCUCAAUGGGGCUGUGUUUUGCCCUCCCAUUGGCUGCACUGGCCAGCUGCCUGCUUCCUGCGGACUGUUGUGUAAUAUGUGACCAGGCAGUCUUGACAGCACUAAAGUCCUUGAAAGAGAAUUACCUACCUGAACACCUGGAUAUCAAGAGUCACAAAACAGUGAUGGAAAGAGCAGAGCAGAUCAUAGUGGAAUUCAAGGAUCUUCCGAUGAAGGAUGGUUCCUUUUUGGGGGCCAUAGAUAACAGCACACUGGAAAAGGCAUCUCGGAGUUUGCUGAAGGAGCUGAAACRCAUCACAGACAGUAAUGUAAAAGGGGACCAAUUUGUGAGGGAGCUAUACCAGAUGUUGGAGAAGGAAAAGGGCAAAUUUGCCCAGUAUGCUGCUCAGUUCCAGAAGAAAGAUUAUUGUCCCAACAAAUGUGGCGUCAUGAUGCAGCGUCUAUUAUGGUGUCCAGAUUGUAACUUGGGGGUUUAUAUUUGCUGGAAGUCCCUGGACUGUGGGCAUUUCAGAGGAUGGUUCUGAGAAGUUGCUGUAUAAGGGAAAGAACCCCAUGCUGACCAUUCUUUCAGUGAAUCCAGAUAAUUCUGGUUCCUACCGCUGUGAACUGGGUUCGGUGAGCUCUGGCCCAGCCACGAUCAUUCAUUAUCUCGUCACAGUUUUGCCCCAAAAUUCUACAGAGGAGUCAUCAACAACAGACUUAGAGACUGGGGGUGAGACAGCCUCAGAAUUCCAGUCUGAGACGGCCCCACUCCAAGCUGAGACGGCCCCACUCCAGGCUGAGACGGCCCCACUGCAGGCUGAGACGGCCCCACUGCAGGCUGAGACAGCCCCACUGCAGGCUGAGACGGCCCCACUGCAGGCUGAGACGGCCCCACUGCAGGCUGAGACGGCCCCACUCCAGGCUGAGACGGCCCCACUGCAGGCUGAGACGGCCCCACUGCAGGCUGAGACGAGCUCAUCAGUCCAGGGUGGGACGGGCACAACAGUCCAAUCUACUAUGGGCCCAACAGUCCAGGGUGAGACAGCCUCAUUCCAAGGUGAGCCAGGCACAACAGUUCAGUCUAUGACAGGCCCAACAGUCCAGGGCGAGAUGGCCUCAUCCCAAGGUGAGUCGGGCCCAACAGUCCAGGGUGAGACGGCCCCACUCCAAGGUGAGAUGGGCACAACAGUCCAAAGUGAGGCAUCCUCUCCGGUCCAGGGUGAGACUGUCCAGGGCGAGGUGGCCCCAUCUGGCCUGGAUGAGAUGGCCCCACUGCCCGGUGAGACGGGCUCACCAGUCCAGGGUGAGAUGACACCAUUGCAGGGGGAAGCAGCCCCAGGAGAAGGUGAGGCGGCCCCAGGAGAAGGUGAGACGGCCCCAGGAGAAGGUGAGGCGGCCCCAGGAGAAGGUGAGGCGGCCCCAGGAGAAGGUGAGGCGGCCCCAGGAGAAGGUGAGGCGGCCCCAGGUGAACAUGUGACAGCACCACAUGGCCAGAAUGUGACAGCCUCACUCCAG